AUGACACACGACGUUGACGUGCUAGUCGUUGGCGCUGGCAUGUCCGGCAUUGGCUUAGCCAUUCAGCUCAUUCGUCAACACAAGACAAGAAGUUUUGAGUUGAUCGAGAAGUCAGACAGCGUUGCUGGGACGUGGUGGGUGAACUCAUAUCCAGGAUGUGGAUGCGAUGUGCCAUCUCACUUUUACUCAUACUCUUUCGAGUUGAACCCGAACUGGUCUCAGAAAUUUGCCUUACAGCCUGAGAUUUAUCGAUAUUUCACAGAUGUGGCAGACAAGUAUGACAUCCCGAAACACGUCCGCUUCCGGCAAGUUGUGGAAUCUGCCAAAUGGGACAGCCCCUCGGGCACGUGGAUCGUCACCAUACGAGACUUGGAAUCAUCCCAGAUCAGACAACGUCGCUGUAAGGUUCUAGUAUCCGCAGUCGGAGCGUUGUCAAUCCCGAAGAAGUGUGACAUUCCCGGGGCAUCUACCUUUCAGGGACGGAUGUUCCAUACCGCCGAAUGGGACCAUUCCUUUGACUGGAAAGGCAGAGAUGUUGUAGUGAUUGGAAACGGCUGCAGUGCCACGCAAGUCGUUCCUGCGAUCAGCGAAGGCAAUGAAGCUGCCAAGAAAGUCACCCAGUUCAGUCGCCAAUCCCACUGGCUGGCAGAGGGACAGAACCCAAAGUACUCCAACUUGUUUAAGUGGACUAUGCAAUGGGUGCCUUUUGCAAUGCGCGCAUAUCGUGCGAUGCUGUACUUGGAAAAGGAGAAGGGCUUCCAGGGCUUCGACACCGCCUCCGGCGCAGAGAUCAGAAAAGGCUGGUCUGAGGAAGCCGCUGCUUACAUUCGAACCAACUCUCCGGCAAAAUAUCGAGAUUUCCUGGUCCCGAAGACGGAGAUUGGAUGCAAACGCAGGGUCAAUGACACGGGAUAUCUCGCCAGCCUGCACCGCGCGAAUGUCGACCUGAUCUACGAUGACCCAAUCACUGAGAUCACCAAAGAUGGUGUUUGCACUUCGUCUGGCCGUCAUGUUUCUGCCCAUGCUAUUGUGCUGGCAACCGGUUUUGAUACGCAGAAGGUCCUGUCGCCGAUGGAGAUCUAUGGCAAGGACGGUGUGAGCAUCAACGAACACUGGGACAUAGUUAGCGACGGCUCGCCCUCGUCUUACUUCGGUACUUGCCUCUCCGGCUUUCCCAAUUUGUUCAUCAUGAUGGGACCAAACACCCUCAGCGGCCAUCUCUCUGUCAUUUACACUACUGAGUGUCAAAUCAACUUCACCAUGCGCGCGAUAGCACCGAUUCUGAAAGCCUUGCACAGCCGUAGGUCUUUGCUCCCUGCAAUGGGCAAGCUCACGGAUGUCAUGGAGGUUACACCCGAGGCCGAGAUGCGGGACAUCAAUGAGACUCAGGACAAGGCUAAGGGUCUUGUGUGGGGGACUGGGUGCACCUCGUGGUUCAUUGACCCGAAGACGAACAGAAACACCAUCAUGUUCCCGGACUGGCAGUACAAGUUCUGGUUUCGAAGCGUCUUUGUUUCGUGGAAUGAUCUGAGAUACACCACAUCCGCAGCUGCUACGAAGGAAGAACAAGGCGGUAGACUGGGCUUGGGCUUACUUGUGACUGUUCUGGCCGCCGGAUUGGUCGCAGUCGGCGCCUAUUUGUUCAACUAA